UUUAAUAAUUAAAAAAAACUUUGUAAAUUAAAUCAUAUAAAAUGGAAGAGGAGUCAUUAGAGCUAAAACAUGAAGAAAGUCCUGUUUUAGAAAAUACUCUGGUGGAAAACACUGAAACAAUUGAGGAUCCAACAGAGGCAGGAAGUGCUCAGGUUGGGGAGGAAGAAUCUGAAGAAACUGAACCUCUUAACAUCUCAGAAGGUGUUGAGGAUGAUGUGGUCAAGCAGGGUUCACAGCUGACAGAAGACAUGUCUAUUGUGGAGACAAGUGAACCACAGAUAUCUGAAACCGAGUUUGGGCAACAUAUGAUAACAGAAGAGGAGGAUGGAAUAGAACCCCUUAUAAAUGAGACCUUGGAGGACACUGAGGGUCCUGAAAUAGGACAUUUUAUUGACGAUCUUCUAUCUCGUGAGGACACUGAGGAGGAAGAGGAGGGGGAUAGACAUCCAGCUCCUGACCCAGAGAGAGAGAGGACCAGCCCUCCUAAUGAAUCAACGGUGCCUGCAGAAGAAGAGGAGACUGGCCUCAACAUCAACACUACAGAAUAUAUGGCCCUGCUACCUGAACUACAGGCUGAGAGUGAAACACUCAGCAAGCUAAAUGGUCAGCUGCAGACCAAAAUAGCAGAAUACCUCAGUAAGAAGGCAGGUGAUAAACAUCCCAGACUGGACGGAGAUAUCUCAGACCAGGAGCAGUACCAAAAGUACCUGGAUCUCACGGAGGAGCUAAAAGUGCAGCACCACCGUGUCUCAGAGCUCCACCAACAGCGAACUGAGGAGCUCCGCCAGCAGAGCUUAGAGAAACUGAAGCAGGUGGAGCACGAGCUGAGAUCCCUAGCUGCACUGAAAUAUGAAGCUGCCAUGACAGCACUGACCGGUAAGGUGGGCAAACAGGCAGCACUGGCAAAGGUGGAGAAGCUGCAGUCAGACGAACUGAAGCAGGAAGACAAGCUGGCAUCCGUGCGUCUCAACAACAUCAAGCUCAAGAACAAAAUAUGUCAGCUUGAGACGGAACUUAAAUCCAAGCGUGAGCUUGCUGAUGGCUUGCUGCUGAUGGACUUUGAGCAGCUCAAAACAGAGAACCAGGCAUUUAAAGACAAGCUGAAGGAGCGCAGCGAGGAGCUACUUAGGCUGAAAAGGAAGGUUGCCUGCUCUGUGCAGGGCAUUUCCCAUGUGAAAGAGAAGCUGCAUUUCAUGCAGAUGGAGAAUAAGGUCAAACACACUCAACUGGCGAAGACAGACACAUUGGUGGCUCUUAAACGUGAAGUGCUGACACGUACUCGACAGGCUCGUGACGGCCUGCGUGCAGACAACCUUAAGCUGCAGCAGCGCUGUGGCCUGCUGGGAAACACCACACUGCUGCAGGACUUUGAGGAGAAGGUAGACACCUCCGAAUGCCUGCAGCAGAGACUAGAGAUGUUGAAGAGACGUCACGCUGAGCUCACGCUGAAGUGUGCUGGAGUCAAGCAGAAGAUCGAGCAAAGCAAACCAGAGGGCCAGUGACAACA